GCAGCGAUGAAUCUAGUGGAAUGCGAGUACUUUCGGCCGUUUCGUGCAAUGAUCUUGACAUAUGCCCGUCAUUUUGAUUUCUUGCACGCCACCAGCAUUCUGCUGCAUUCUCCAAGCACAUACUGGCUCACUCGGGUGAAAUCAGAAGUCAUGCUGCAGAACGGAGACUCGAUCACUCGUUGGAGACGCGAUUUGAACCUUUCAGUGAAGGGCCAUUGAUUUGCAAGAGAUGUUGUCCAGUAGGAGCACGUCUUUCCAUUCCUUGCUUGAUCAGGUCGUCCUUGCUGAGCUUUGGCGAAAGCAGGUUCCACAUCUAGUGCGGACUCCUGCUCUCUGAGAGUAGCCACCGGCCUUUGUCGUACGAGCAACAUUCAUAGAUUUGGCGGCUUAUGGCAAUGAGUAUGAGCGAAGGAAGAAGGACUUUCCGAACACGUUGCCCAGAAUUGCUUCUGUUGGUAAUGCUACUGGUUGUAGUUAGUGAUGCACUGAACUCGGACCAGUUUGUCGUCAUCCAUGACGUAAACUGCAGGUACAGGUACCGCUACGACACCAAGAAUACGUGUGCUGGCCCUCGCUGCUGGAUGGAUCCAAGGCUUUUCCAAACACCCGACAUUUCAGGAACGCCUCAACGUCAGAGGCUUUGCGUUGUCCGCGUGCCCGUCGGAGCGUAUGACGUGGAGUUCUUUUUCCCACUGGCUGAUGUAAAGUAUCCGAGCUCAAACUGCACUUGGAGCGUGGUCAACAAUCGUAUCGGCAUGUACAAGACGUUGGGAAAUGGUACGCGUCUAAACAUCUCGGAGCAGCAAGACAAAUUCCAAUACCGCGAACCACCGCUGGGCAACGGUUCGGAUCCCUGGUGUCUAUCCCCCAGUCUGCCAGCAAUCGCCGACCCCUACUCUGACAAUUGUACGGUUAACAUGUUCUUCUCCAGCAUGAAGGACAUCUACGAAGGUAACUGGCAGUUCAUCGUGCAGCCAGCUGACGGAGCUGCCCCGGGCGCUGAGCCGGCCGUGCACCAGUUUCAGAUAGAGAGUGUCCAGUGGACGUGCGGUGUGUGCUUUGGUGAAAAUAGCCAGUGCAGAACGCUCACAUACACUGACGUCUACCCACCGCAGCGGUUGGACGACUUCAAGCCCUUGUUCACGAUACCAAGGGUGCCCAUCAAGAUUGGCCAGAGCAAGUGCAUCAGGUUUGAAAGCACCGCAGAUCUACAUGGCGGCUGGUUGCUGGCCAACAACGCAACGUCUGAGCAUGCGCAACCAGUCCAGUAUGUGGAGCAAGCAGACGGCGGGACUUCGGGUCCGACGACCCUAACCGUUUACCCCAUACCGGGGGUGUCGACCUAUGGUUUGUACCAACAGUGUCUGCAUAUUGAUCACAUGACCACGUCCCUGGCAGGAUGGUACUUCUACCAGUUCAGUGACGCACACACAGCCGCCAGUUCGAGAAACGGCACCAUCGCCAUAUUCGUCGAAGUCGAACAGGACGGACUGAGCACCGGCGAGUUACGGGCACCAUACCGCAUUGAAUUUGGGAUUCUGGAUGCUGUACUGGUUCUUUGGUUCUGCGCUCUAUCCCUUUAUCUCUGCCGCAGGGACUUUAAGCCUUGCAAGAACGGCACCUGUCGGCGGAACUUCAGAGAAGGAACACCCGAGGAACACCAACGUAUCCUAGCUGAGUCCGAAGCCAGCGGCGAUCAAGGAACAUCAAAACCGCCUGUUGUUACCCCGACAAAUAGGCCAGUACGCGGUGGGUCCGAUGAAGACACAAACCCAACUAAUGCGCACGAUAGAAGUGCUGUGGAGCAGCCCAGCGAACCCAACAACAUAUCAAACAACCAGAGCGGGUCUGAUCCAGAAAUCUUAGAAGCAUUUUCUGAACAGCGAAGCCCAUCGACCACCGUUGAAAAUUCGAACACCCUCGGAAACGGCGAACCGCCUGGUAUUUUCGGCCCAAGACCUGUCAACACUCCACAGUCUGUUCAGGUAUCCUCACCAAGUACUGGUGUCCACGCGCGGCAACGUAUCACUCUUAGUGCAGCGUUCGAGCCUCCUAAUCUUGGCCCUCCUCCCACGUCAAGGUCCUUGGCCAGUUCACUGCACUGACCUGAAAUUGCCUUGGAAACAUUAAUAUGAUGCUCGUGUCACACUAAAUCGCAAUUUUUCGAAGAAUACUUUUAGUUAGAGAUUGCUCUAUUUCUGAUAAUCCAAGUGAUAUUUUAUACCAAUUAUUCGUAUUUCAAUGCUGUACCGGAUGAAAAUCUACCUUUUCUUGGUGGUGAUAAAAAUUUCAUUAUUCCGUGACUGGAAUUCCGAGCUUAUCUGCUUGAGAAUUUUGUUGCUUGAAAUGAGUCUUCGUUGUUUGUUUCAUCUAGAUGGAACUGUAAUGCUAGUAGCUAGGGAGUUCAUUUAUUUUCUUCUCUAGUUCAUUUAUUUUCUUCUCUAGUUCAUUUAUUUUCUUCUCUAGUUCAUUUAUUUUCUUCUCUAGUUCAUUUAUUUUCUUCUCUAGUUCAUUUAUUUUCUUCUCUAGUUCAUUUAUUUUCUUCUCUAGUUCAUUUAUUUUCUUCUCUAGUUCAUUUAUUUUCUUCUCUAGUUCAUUUAUUUUCUUCUCUAGUUCAUUUAUUUUCUUCUCUAGUUCAUUUAUUUUCUUCUCUAGUUCAUUUAUUUUCUCCUCUAGUUCAUUUAUUUUCUUCUCUAGUUCAUUUAUUUUCUUCUCUAGUUCAUUUAUUUUCUUCUCUAGUUCAUUUAUUUUCUUCUCUAGUUCAUUUCUUUCUGCUGUUACUACUAAGUGAGGCCGAAGUCGCACUAACCUCUUCUCUACAUUGUUGCUAGUACGCAUUGACAUUUAGCUACUCCUGUCCUUUUCCAACUCUGCUUCAUCUCUUCCCCUCUAAACUGCCGCUUGGUUUCUCGCCAUAAUAGGAGUCUCUCAUGAUGA